GCGGGGAGGGGAGGGGCUUCGCCGUCCGCAGCUCUGGGCCUGAGCUGCUGGCGCACAGCACUGGGCGAGGGAACAGACUCCGGCGGGAUGGAGGCGGGCGGCGUGGCGGACUCUUUCCUCUCCAGUGCCUGCGUGCUCUUCACACUGGGCAUGUUCUCCACUGGCCUCUCGGACCUCAGGCACAUGCAGAGGACACGGAGCGUGGACAACAUUCAGUUCCUGCCUUUUCUCACCACGGAUGUCAACAACCUGGGCUGGCUGAGUUACGGAGUCUUGAAGGGAGACUUGACCCUCAUCAUUGUUAACACCGUGGGUGCUGUGCUUCAGAGUCUCUAUAUCCUGGUGUACCUGCACUACAGCCCUCAGAAGCGUACUGCGCUCUUCCAGACUGCAACCCUGCUGGGUGUCCUCCUCCUGGGUUAUGGCUACUUUUGGCUUCUGGUGCCAGACCUUGAGGCCCGGCUUGAGCAGCUCGGCCUCUUCUGCAGUGUCUUUACCAUCAGCAUGUAUGUCUCCCCACUGGCUGACUUGGCCAAGAUCAUCCAGACUAAAUCAACCCAGCGUCUCUCCUUCUCGCUCACCAUCGCUACCCUCCUUUCCUCUGCCUCCUGGUCCAUCUACGGGUUUCGACUCAGAGAUUCAUACAUCAUGGUGCCCAACCUUCCGGGAAUCCUUACCAGCUUUAUCCGCCUCGGGCUUUUCUGCAAGUACCCCCCAGAGCACGACAGGAAAUACCGCCUUCUGCAAACCUGACCCCAGGAACCUCAGUGACAACCUGAGGCCGAACUCCUGUUAGCCGCACAGGUCCUUGUAAACAAUUCCGUGGAUGCAGUAGGUU